AUGAAGGACAUCGUAAAACCCAACGUCUUAGGAGUGAUUCAAUUGGCUGAUCAAAUCAUAAAAGAGGCAGAUUUUGCUUGUUCAUUCAAACAGGAAUGCGCCGAUAUCAAAACAAAAACAGAAAACCUCGUCCCUAUCCUCCGUGAAGUCGCACGUGUAAGCAAUGACCCUUAUGAACGACCCACCCGCCUCAUCAUCGAUAAUGCAGAACAGGUUUUACACAAGACGCUGCAACUUGUAUUCAAAUGCCAAGCCAACCAGUUCCUGCGGUUGUUCAGCAUCAUCCCGGCUAAAGCCAUUGCGAAAUCAUCACAACAGAUUGGGUAUAUUAUCGGAGACGUGUUAUGGCUCCUCUGUUUCAUGAAUCAUUAUGUUGACCAAGAACGCCGGGAUGAGUUCUUCUGGUUUCCGCCUAUCGCCGCCAAUCAGCCGCAGCGUUGUUUGAUAUGGGAGAACAUCUUGCUCCUUUCUUACGGUAACCUCGAUUGUCGAGCCAACGCGGCGGCAACACUUCUCGCAAUGGUACACGAUAAUGAACGAUACAUUAGAUUGAUUAUGGAAGAAGGUGGUGUGCAACCUCUUUUGAAACUAGCAAAAGAGGAUAGAAUGAAAGGGCAAGAGAGUGCGAUCCGAGUAAUACGUUUGGUCAAUGGCGACCCCGAGACUCCAUAA